AUGCUUGGUUAUUUCGCAGCCGCCUCGGCUUUGGUGGCGCUGGCCAUGGCCGGUGACCCGGAGGCCAACAUGAAGGCGCCCGAGAUCAUUGCGCACUGGGGGUACCCGUGUGAGACGAUCCAGGUCUACACCGAUGACGGGUACAUGCUCACGAUGCACCGGAUUCGGCAUGGAAAGAACCAAGACGACGGCAAGACCCGCCCCGUCAUGUUCCUGCAGCAUGGACUCGAGGCCUCAUCCUCAAACUGGAUCACCAAUUUGCCGUCGUUGGCGAUGGGCUUCAUGGCUGCCGAUGCUGGCUUUGAUGUGUGGAUGGGAAAUGUCCGUGGAGAUGAGUACUCCAUCGGACACAAGACCCUCGACCCCAAGUCGAAGGCCUUCUGGCGAUUCUCGUGGGACGAGAUGGUCAAGUACGAUCUGCCGACGAUGAUCAACCACGCGCUCAACACCACCGGACAAGACCACCUCUACUACGUUGGACACUCCCAGGGAACGCUGAUCAUGUUCAGCCAUUUGGCUGUUAACUUGGACUUCCAGACCAAGGUCCGCCAAUUCCACGCCCUGGCUCCGGUCGGAACCGUCAAGCACAUCAAGGGAUUGCUCGAGUUCAUCGCCAAGAACUUUGCCCCGGAGCUUGAUAUCUUUGAGAAAAUCUUCGGCGACGGCCCCUUCCUCCCCCAGGACGGUCUGAUGCGCCUGAUAGAAAAGCUCUUCUGCAGCAACGACCUCACCGAGAAGCUGCUGUGCGGAAAUCUGCUUUUCAUGAUCGGAGGGCCUGAGAGUAACCAGAUGAACACGACCCGUCUCCCCGUGUACAUCUCCGAUAUGCCCGGCGGCACCUCCACGGAGAACAUUCUCCACUGGGUGCAGAUGGUGCACACCGGACUCCAGCAGAUGUACGACUGGGGCAGUGAGGCGGCGAAUAAGCAACACUAUGGCCAGACCACACCCCCAAUCUAUGAUGUCUCCAAGAUUGCCGUCCCCACCUACCUUUACUGGUCCGACUCGGACUGGCUCGGAGACAAGCAGGACAUCCAGGAGCAUCUCCUGCCUAAUUAUAACCCCAAAUAUCUGAUCGAGAACAACUACUACAAGGAUUUCAACCACCUUGACUUUAUCUGGGGCCAGCGGGCGGCUGCCGAGGUGUACACCCCGAUCAUUGAGAAGGCGUUGCGAGACGUCAAUCAAAUGAAGAACAAAUUG